AUGGAUCAUGCGACUGUUGUGCGUCUAACGUUCGUCGUGUUUUCGAUGCUAACACCAUUCAUCGCAGGAAGCGAUGUAUCAUCACCCCUAGUCCUCUCGCCAACCUGUACAGACAAGUGCGGCAACGUCAACAUCCCUUACCCUUUUGGCAUCGAAGAGGGUUGCUAUUACAAAGAUCAAGACAUCGAUGAUUCAAGUUUCAACUAUUACAAAGUCGUUUGUAAUGAUACUUUUGAUCCUCCAGUACCAUUUUUCGAUACAAGUGCUCUAGGAAUAGUAAAUAUUACAGUAGAGACGAGUGAAAUCCGGUUCAAACACGACAUUUCUUUCAGUUGUUACUCCGAAGGCCAACUUACUUUGAAUUUUACGAAUUGGAUCCGUGCUGGUAGAUUCACCCUUUCUAGCAGCAAAAAUAUAUUUGUUGCAAUAGGGUGCGAUACCUAUGCCUGGUUUACUGGCUCUCGAUUCGAUUCGAGCAGGCCAUAUUCCAUAGGUUGCAUGACCAAAUGCGACGACCUUGAAGAUACUGUUGAUGGGAAUUGCAAUGGAGUUGGUUGUUGCCAACUUUUUAUACCUGAGGCAGCAAACGACCUCGUUAUCGAAGCAUCGAGUUUUGGGAACCAUAGUGAAGUUGAGAGCUUUAAUCCAUGUAGUAUGGGGUUUGCUGUGGAAAAAGACGAGUUCAGAUUUUAUAAAAACAAUCUGAGUUUGCGAGCAUAUCGUCCGCAAGAAGAUCAAGGGUUUGAGUUCAGAUGGGUUCCCAUCGUCGUCGAUUGGUCGAUCGGGACGGAGAGUUGCUCAGCCGCUCAAGGGAGCGGGAGCUGCUUGUGUAAGAAGAAUACCGUUUGUUACGAACCAAAGAAUCAAACCGGAUAUGUUUGCAAAUGCGGAGACGGCUAUUUUGGGAACCCAUAUCACCCACAAGGAUGCACUGACGUCGAUGAGUGCAAGAGGGAUAACGAUUGUGAAAAAUCAGAAUAUUGUGUCAACAAUAUUGGAGGCUACCAUUGCCAGUGCCCAAAGGGCUACCGUGGAGAGGGAACAAAGACUGAUAAGUGCGUCUCUAAUACAAACGCUUGGCUGAAACCGGUCAUUAUAACUGCAGGUGGAGGUGGAGGUAUCAUUGUUUUGCUUGGGAUUGCAUUUAUAUUGCAUCUGAAACAUGGGAAAAGGCAGCUUAGGACAAUGCGGGAAAACUUUUUCAAACAAAAUGGUGGUUUACUUCUACAUCAAAAACUUUCUGGACGAAGCAUGGAUGCGCUAAAAGUUUUCACAGCACAAGAUCUUGAAAUUGCAACAAACAAUUAUAGUGAUAAAUUUAUAGUUGGAAGAGGAGGUUUUGGCGUUGUUUAUAAAGGAAUUUUACCCAAUAACCAACACAUUGCCAUUAAAAGAUCACUAAAGGUGGAUCCUAGCCAAGUUGAACAAUUUAUCAAUGAAGUUAUAGUUCUAUCACAAAUCAACAACAAAAAUGUGGUUAAGUUGAUAGGUUGUUGUCUGGAGACUGAAGUACCACUAUUAGUUUAUGAAUACAUCACAAACGGCACUCUAUAUGAUCAUUUAGAUGACGCAGUAAAAGCGUCCAUCCUUACAUGGUCUAUGCGCCUAAGGAUAGCAUCAGAAAUUGCCGAUGUGCUAUCAUAUUUGCAUAGCACAAUCUUAAUACCAAUUAUUCAUAGAGAUAUAAAGUCGAUGAAUAUACUCUUAGAUCAAAACUACACUGCAAAGGUAGCAGACUUUGGCGCUUCAAGGUUGGUUCCAGAGGAUCAAGGUCAGUUAGCUACAAUGGUGUUAGGAACACGAGGGUAUCUGGAUCCUGAAUAUAUGCAAACAAGUGAAUUAACUGAAAAGAGCGAUGUUUAUAGUUACGGUGUCGUUUUGCUGGAGUUAUUAACUAGAAAGAAGGCAAUUGCUAAUGAUAGGCCCGAAAUCGAGAGAUGUCUAGCUAUGCACUUCCUUGUAACGAUGAAAGAAGGUCGCUUGUUGAACAUUCUUGACAAAAAUAUUGUGAGGGAGGAAACAAUUGAACAAAUACAACCAGUGGCUAAUCUAGCUAAGUGGUGCUUGAUGUUAAAAGGAGAAGAUAGGCCUACAAUGAAGGAAGUUGCUGUUGAACUGGAGAACAUAAAGAAAAAGGGUUCGCAUCCGUGGAAUUAUAACGAUAGACCACCUGAAGAUGAUGAAUCUUUGCUCGGAGGAUUUCAAAGAACAGAUACUGGUGGUUGUAGUAGUGGUGUUGAGUCAGACUUAUAUGAUCCAAGAUUGGUUUCAACUCUAGAAAUAGGUGGGAGGUAA